AUGGGAAUAAAAAUAGAAAAUGAAAUUCAAGAAAAAGAUGAUUUCGUAAAAAUAGACCUAAAUAUACAAAAUGAUAAUAUAACAGAUUUAUAUAGUGAUAUGGUUUUACCACAUAUUAAACAAAUUCAAAUUCAGCAACAACAACAAAAACAACAGCAGCAACAGCAAAUACAACAGCAACUACAACAACAACCACAACAAAUUAAUAUAAGUUCAACUGGAAUACCAAUUUCCUAUAAUAAAUUUUUUAAAGAAAAAAUUAGAAAACAAUAUGCAUGCAAUAUGGGUUUCACCAGAUUCGAUUCAAAUUUAUAUCCAAUAGAGAUGAGUAAUUAUUUAACGGAGCAAGAGUAUAAAUCAUCAAUAGAUCAAAUAAAUCAAAUUGAUAAUUUUUUUUGUUUAUCUAUAAUCUCUGUUUAUCUAUAA